AUGUCAGCUACUGGAGAAGACUAUUCGGAAGCGAACAUCGUCGACUGUGAUGUGCUUGAAGCGGCGAAAGAAAAUGUCCAGCGCCUUGCCACCGGGCGGCGCGUAACAGCACUAUCCGCGAUCCUAUCUACACCUCAUGCUCAACGAGAAGCCAAACUCUCUGCCACCAGAAACCGACUUCGCAUCAAUGUGGAACUUGCAUUGGACGAUGAAGAGGAAGGCGAUCCUCUGGAAGCAUAUUGUCGCUUGGUGUACUGGACUGUCGAGAACUACCCUCAAGGUCAAUCUGCAGAGUCGGGUCUGGUUGAGCUCCUUGAGGAGGCUACUAGAACCUUAAAGGACGAUAGAGGGGGAAAGUGGAGAGGAGAUCUCAAAUAUCUCAAAUUGUGGCUUUUAUAUGCGAGCUAUGUGGACAGACCGACGCUCAUCUACAAAUUUCUGAUCGCGAAUGAUAUCGGAACGGAGUUUGCCUUGUUAUAUGAAGAGCACGCAGCUGUGCUUGAAAGGGACGGCCGACGCAAAGAGGCAGAUGAAGCUUAUGCACUCGGGAUUGCGAGGAGGGCGACGCCCCUGGAACAUCUUCAAAGCAGAUAUCAGGACUUCCAGAAACGCAUGAUGACCAACCAGUAUCUGCCAGCUGCUCAACCAGUCGCCUCGACGUCCCAAAAGCCGAGAAAAGCUCUGGCAACAACCGCAUCAUCUGUCCCCGCGUCGUCUUCACGGCAGCCUCUGCCCCGGACGACCCCAGCAGCCACACCUGGCAUACCACCUUCCUCAUCAAACAGCCGUAUCCAGAUAUUCGUUGACCCCACAGGAUCGGAGGCACAAGCAGCAGAGCACGCUACCAACGAAUGGAAUGAUCUAGGCACACGCAAGUCGAGAAUCAGCGAGAACGUCCCUGAGGUCAAGAAAUUGGCCGGGUCAACGCUCAAGCAGGCAGGCCGUUCAAAGAGGAUAGCAGCCAGUUCAGGCGCUGGGGGUGCUGCUUCAGGCUCAGGAUCGAAAAUCGUGCCUUUCCGGGACCCGGAGCCAGGAGAUAUGCCACCUCCCCCUGUGCCAAAGAAGAAGGAUCAACCAGGGCCGGCGAAAGCACCUGCUGCGAGGGGCUUCGUGCCUUUUGUUGACGAGGAAGAUGGCUCCGCGGCGGUGGCUCAGGCUCCUGCGCCAGCUGCUGCUCCUGCGCCUAGCCCCAGCUUCACGCCGUUCCGUGAUGAGUCCGCAGCUGCGGGUCCUGCAGCUAUUGUGCCUAUCGCUGAUUCAAUCAUGAAAAUAAAGAAGAAUGACCUCAAGGCACCUGCUCCGACUACAGAGGCAGAGGCUCUCCGCAAGGAUCCCCUGAAAAAUUAUGAUCUAGAAAGCCUUGGAAAGCUGAACUUGGACAGCGACUGA